CCCUUAUCCUCCACCACAACUUAGCCCACCGCCGUCAUGGCCACCUCCGCGCCCCAAACCCUCGACGCUGAGCUCGCCAAUCUCCACGCCCAGAUUGCGCACCUCCGCCACCGCCGCGCCAACCUCUCCACCACCCUCCUCGCGCACCCAAACACCUCCACGUUGCUGAACACCAACCGCCCCCGCGGCAUCCAAAAGCCCGCCCAUCGCAGCGCCGCCUCUGUCCUCUCCAAACAACAAAACCACACAACCCACUCCCUCCACCGCGCGCUGGCGGGGUGCACCGCCUACAAAGUGCAAGACCCGGACCCAUACGCCGUCGACUCCGGACGCGUCCUAGGCGUCCAAAUUGAAGUCUUCACAAACGGCGCCUUCCUCCCACCCUACCACAUCCUCCUGCACCGGCCCUACGCAACCCACCCCCACACGCUAAAGAUCCACAAACACACGCUCCCGCCCUGCAUCCCGUUAUCGCAGCUCGCGCGGAAGCACCUGCCCCAGCCGGCGAAGAACGAGGCGGGCGAGCCGGUGCAGGAUCUGCAGAAGCUGGUCCGCGCGGUGCGGUGGGAGACGCAGAGCUGGCAUCUGCGCGUGGCGGCGGUCGAGAGGUUGCGUGAGGAGGCGGGCUUGGGCCCUACGCACCCCCGGGCUCCUGAGGAUGAGGAGGUCGGGGUGAUGCAAGGGCUCGACGUCGACGCUAACCCCGGGGAUGUGCUGAAUGGUUACGUCGCGCCUGCGAGACAAGGCCCGCGUCGCAAGGGCCAGAUCGUGGCGGUAGAGGCGGAUAGGGCGGUGAGCGCUGUUUCGAUCGAGUGGGCGGGGGGCUUGGGGGUGCGGAUGCGGGUGACGAAGGAUGGGGAGGUUGAGAAGGGUGUUGCGCGGUGGCGGAGUGGAGAGCGGGAUGAGAGGACGGAGAGGGCAGUGCUGGGGAGGAUUGAGGGGGUGGUGGAAAGGUUGGGAGGACGGAGGUAAGGAUGCGGCGUUGUCACGACGGUCAUUUUCAUAGUCGAUCGCAGCGGAGACCCCGUAUGAUCAGUGAUGAGAUGAGUAAUAUAGGCGAGUUGAGGAUAUUAGUAUUAUGAAUGAUACCCAGCGCUCCCACGCGCAAUCCACAGG